UAAACACUACCAACAAGUUUUGGUAUCUUUAUCCUUCCUCCUCUUCCUCACUCUCUUAGAUUCCCAUCACCGUUACAUAGAAAGCUUCAACCUUUGAUCCUCUAGAAGAAGAAACAAGUUUAACUUUCUCUGAAGCUCUAACCAAAUACGGCACUCCAUUUUUAGAGUUUUCCGUUAACGGAUUUCCCGAGUUUUCUUAUCUUAAGACACCAAAUUGGUGCGCGGCUAUUUUUCCUCAGGAAAUAUUGCACCUCCCUUCCGUAUCGUGUUGAUUAGGAAGUGAGAGAGAGAUGGGCCUCCUUCUAUCCAGAAAUAUAGCAAGUUUCAUUUCCUCCUCUCCACUUUUCUCCAAGAAAAAUGGUUGUAUCCCCAUGCAGCUGGAGAACAUGGUCUCCUUGGUUUCCCGGACGGGAAGGCAUUUGCAGCGCUACGAAAAAGGCUGCCGUCAAGUGGUAGGAUGCAUACCCUACAGAUAUAGGCAAACAGAACAAGAGUCUUCGUCUAUGGAGGAUAUAGAAGUUCUUGUGAUUAGUUCACAGAAGGGUCAAGGAAUGUUGUUCCCAAAGGGAGGUUGGGAACGUGAUGAAUCGAUUGAAGGAGCGGCUUACAGAGAAACGCUAGAGGAGGCCGGUGUGACUGGUCAUCUUGAGCAGCCUAGAUUGGGCAAAUGGCGUUACAAGAGCAAAAGCCAGGGCACUUUUCAUGAGGGGUACAUGUUCCCGAUGCUUGUCAGCCAUCAGUUCGAAUCUUGGCCUGAGAAGACCGUCAGAAAACGAGAAUGGAUGACUAUUGCUGAAGCCAAAGAAGCAUGCCAAAAUUGGUGGAUGAGGGAAGCUUUGGAUGAAUUUAUUCGUCGACAAACGCAGGCUCAUGAGAAAUAAGCACAAAAUGUGCCUGUUUGUACAGAGAAAGAGAGAGAACCGUCCUUUGGUUUUAGCCAUGAUUUGGUUUUUGUUGUAUUAUUUGGACAACCAAAUGGAUUUAGGGGAAGAAGUAAUUUCCCAAUACUCGUAUUAGAGAAGAGCUUUAGUUAAAUGAGAAAACUAAAGUGUUGAUUCCUUGACAGUUCUGUUGCUGUACAAUGUAGUCGAAGAACUAGAAGCAGAACCUCUAUCUGUUAGAUGUACAGACUCCAUUCUUUCAAUUCAAUUAAUUUCACUCUUUUGUAUGUAAACUUUUCAUGAAAUAAUAAUGAUCCUUUCCGCCAA